ACUAAGUACCUACAAUUACAGUAAGUUCGUUACCAUGACAUGAUAAAUUACGCCCUUAUUAGUAUGGCUCUCGCCACUGAGUAAUUUCGAUUACUUUGACUGGACCUGUCCAAACAAUCUCAUUAUAUUGCUGCUAACUGAACUGGGUUUGAUAUUAACAUAAAAAUCAUUUAAUUAGGUAUAGCUUUCGCAUUGAGGCACUUGGAUAUCUGUACUCUAGAACAAUGGCUUUGAUUAAUGCCGCCAAUAGCAUACUUCAGAUAGUAGUAAUUAGGUUCAUAUGUAGGAUUGUUUGUCAGCUCAUACAAUCCUCUGAUUUAUUGUCAGUUUGCAAGACGUUCUUUCCAACUUACGGAAUUGUUUGAAGUCUGUUUUAGAGUACUACGUAAUUCUUGAUCUAUCACAACUGUCUUCGUCGUUUAAUAAUUAAUUAGUGUCAAGAGAUGACGCUUCUAGCAGCAGGCGUGUGUCAGCUUUGCUCUAGCGUCAGGAGCGUCGCUUUCACGGCUGUCAGAACCGUCAGGAAACGAGCGAUACGUCCCGUGGACUCCUACGCGAGUAUACCGUCGGACUCCAGCGAUCCACUAACUCCGCCCCCUUCUCCGUCUCCCGCACAACAUCCCCAGCAAACUUCCCUUUCACAAAUUACCUCUUCUUCCUCACAACUCACCUCUUCCCCCUCACAAAUCACCCCUUCUCCCUCACAAAUCACCUCUUCCCCCUCACAACUCCCCUCUUCCCCCUCACAUAUUACUCAUCUAUCCCCCCGCCUACCUCCCUCACUACCCAGCCAUGGCCAGACUAUACCCAAGGCCGUGUUUGGUCUCACGGAAGCCAAGCUGCAAGAACUCGCCGCUUCUAUGCCUCCUGUCAUGACACGCAGGGAAAACGUCGUUGAAAUUCAGCCGCCUUCUCCCCCUGACAACAGAGUGGUCAGAAAAGCCAUCCAGACUACAGAAGGUAACCAGCACGAGGUGGUAGCAGACGUGUACACGCCGCUGUGGCGCAAGCCCUACGCUGAACAACUACAGCACAAGGAGACCAGCGCUAGUCUCGUACUGAAGAAACUCAAGGAUAGAAUAUUUAACGUCUACGGCCUGCCCUUGCCUGAGCAACUGCCUCUACUGCCCUGUCCUCUACACCCCAUUGUGGCCGCUCCUGCAGAGCAGGGGUACAGGAACGAGGAUACGUUCACUGUAUGGCGCGGGGUUGACGGUAACCCCAAGACUGUAGGGUUGUUGACGGGCGACCCUAAGACAGCAGGCACUGCAUGCGUGGCACCCUCUAGUCUGCUCAGCGUCAGGAAGGAGCACAAACUUUUUUGUCAGUUAUUCGAGGACCACAUAAGACUGAGCAAACACCCCAGCUUCAUAGACUUCCACGAGGCUCCAGGCGUAUGGCGUAGCGUCACGGUGCGCUCCAACGAUGUGGGCCACAUCAUCGCCUGUGUCCACAUCUUCCCUCAUCUUCUGGACGAG